AUGAACUUUAUGAACUCAAAAUUAGUUAAGGCAGGAUUGAUUGGACUGAUCGGCCUCACCUUAGUAGCCUAAUAAAAAUAUAAUCGAUUUUAAUGUGCUGCUCCCUACUUUUCAUUCAUUUCCCAUACAGAAUUAUAAUAAUUUCGUCUGAGGUUCCCCAGUCUGUAUGUGCUCGAUAAAUUCCAAGUCGAACAUAUCCUCAGCGUUAUUCGCAAUAAAACAACACAAACCAAAAAUUUUCGCUUAUAUUCUGAUCGAUUGAUUCGAUUGCUAUUGGAAAAAGCAGUGUCGGAGCACAUAAAAAAAAUGUCCCCUCCAGAAGGGUAACAGGCUUUACAAUAGUAAGCCUAAGUCAUAAGCUUUGAGUAGAAUUAAUUUUGCGUGGUAGUGAUGAUAAGAUCUGGAAAUGCAUUCUUGGGAGAGGCCCUAAAAGUGCUACCAGGCACAUCAGUUGGAUUCAUCCUAGUUUAAGAGCAUCCUUAGACCAAGGAUCCGCAAUUAAUCUAUUGUAAAUUGCCAGAAGAUGUAGAUCAAAAAUAAGUAAUUCUUACAGAUGCUAUGAUAACUACUGGAGGUAGAAUUAACUACGGCUAUCAAAGCAUUGAUAUCUCAUGGUCAGUGAAUAUAGUUUCAUGUGAAAAGGGUCUCUCAAAAGUGCUUCAUCAAUUUCCUAAGUGGAUCAUGCAUUAAAUACUAUUCAAGAUCUGCGGUUCCCAGGAGUCGGAGACUUUGGAGACAGAUAUUUCGGGAACUUAAGAUCAAUAAUGA